GCCCCGCCGCGGGAAGGCGGAAGGGUUUCGAGGCGGCCCCGCUCACCCGCCUGAGGGCAGCGGCCGGUGCGAUGGCGCGGCGGCGCCGGCACCUCCGCUGCUGAGGGAGGCUGGCGCCGGGAGCCGCCAUGGCCGCCGCCCGCCGGUGCGCCCUCUGCACCUGCCUCCUGCUCUGCGUAUCUGGAAUGGUGCCAAAACCCCAAAAUGCAAGAAUUAUUUCAGUUAAUCUCCAUAGCAUUUUACAGUGGGAUGCACCUAGAUUUCACAAAGGGAAUAUAAGUUACACUGUACGAUCUAAGAGCAUCAAUUUCCCUGGAAACACAUAUGAAAAUGUCAGCACAAACUUGAGACUCACAGAGUGUGAUGUCUCUUCCCUGUCCGCAUACGGAGACUACCUGUUACAGGUCAGAGCGGAGUCGGAAAAUAACCAUUCAGACUGGGUGACCGUCAGAUUUAAGCCAAUGGAUGACACAGUCAUUGGGCCACCUGAUGUAAAAGUGAAGUCAGAGUCUGGGUCCCUGCAUGUGGAUUUCAUAGGCCCUUUUGCUGAACAUGAGCAUGACAAGUGGCCUCUAAAACAAUAUUAUGGCUCGUGGAAUUACAGAAUACUGUACUGGAAGAAAGACAGCAAUACAGAGGUAACUCACGUAGAUACUAAACAUAACUCUGAAAUAUUAUCUCAGUUGGAGCCAUGGACAGUAUAUUGUAUUCAAGUGCAAGCAAUUAUCCCCGAGUGGAACAAAACAGGGAAACUGAGCAGAGACCUUUGUGAGCAGACAACCCACAACGGUGUAACUCCUGUGUGGAUAAUUGUGACCAUUCUUAUAGGAUCAAUGUUGGCCGUUGUAAUAUUCGUUCCUAUUUGUUUCUUUUCCUUUUUGUAUCUAUAUCGACUCACCAAACAUGUUUUCUGCCCUUCAUUUAUUUUCCCACAACACCUGAAAGAGUUUUUGAGCAAGCCUCCCAGUGGUUCGCAGCUUUUUUCUCCUUCCCCACAAGAAGAGCAUCAUUUUUAUGACAAGCUAACAGUCAUUUCAAAAGAAUCCAAAAAUCAGAGUGAUGAGUCUGGGGAUGAGGCCAGCAAGACAUCAGAGCACCUUCAGGACUCUGAACAAGAAGAUUCUGUUUCAAGAAUAGUACCAGCUUCAGAAAAGGCUUAAGUGUACUCCUCAUACUUGUCUUGGACCAAAAGAAAAGCAAAUGGGCUGUUGAAUUUAUCCUCUUAUUGCUGCAUUCUUAAGACUGGAAAAAUUCAUAUAUGAAGAUGUGUACACAGACUUCUGACAGAAUCAUAUUAUUUUUUUAAAGUAGAAGAAACAUGAUACGUAAUUUUUGCCACUGUUUGUAGUGGCCCACUGUUAAGUUGUAGCAAUACCUAGGACUGUACUAUGGCAGUAAUUUAAAAAGCAAAUAUAUAUAUAAUACUAAUUAAUUUAACUUUGAUUAAAUAUUUAUUGCAAAAGCUAAUCAAAAUGGCACAUUGUGUAACAUUUGUAAAAGAAAAUCAUAUUUUGUAAAGAAAGACCUGAUCUGACUUUUUUUUUCCUUAAUGAGAAAUUAUGUGUAUUUCUUAAGGAUAUCCCUACUGGCAUAAUCUUUUUAUUGAAUAUUUUUUUACUUGAUGCAAAAUUAUAAAGUUAUGAUGGUAUGAAUUUAGUAUGAAUAAACCAAACAC